UGCACGGACACGGAUAUGAGGGGAGCGGGGCGCACACAUUAUCGCCACGCGGCCCACGCCCAUCGCGUUUGGGGGGCCUGCUCAACUGUCGAUGGUUGCAAAGGCUUGCAGCACGAUGGGUCGGGCUGGGGUAACUGAUGGUCUAUGGCCUCAUGGGCCGCAACACGAAUAUCGUAUGUGGAGGGAAAAAGUACACCCAAGGUCCCUCAACUUGUUAUCGAAUUACAAAAUCGUCCCCCAACUGCAAAACUGGAUACAACGCAUCCCCAACUUACAAAACCAUUGCAAAAUCCCUCGGUGGUUUUGACCACGGUUUUGUCCGAUGUGGUGGCUGAGUCAAUGUGGGACCCAUGUGGACCCCACAUGUCAGGAUGCCACGUCAACACCCUUUCUCUUCUCCCUCCCCUCCGUUACUCCUCUCUCUCUCUCUCUCCCAUUUCUCCCCUUGAGCAUCGGCAGAGGCACGGCGGAGGCCAGCGAACGAGCGAGAGUGGAGGCACGGCGGAGGCGCGGAGAGGCCGGUGAGCUCCUCCCAAGUCCAAAUCGUUCAUCGCCGGCGAGCUCCACCGCGUGGAAAGAGAGGAGGCGGGGUGGCCGCGGUCGUCGGCGAUGAGUUCGAAGGCGAGGGCCCAGAGGAGGCGCGGGGAGGCCGGCGAGCUCCUCCCAAGUCCAAAUCAGUCGUCGGCGAGCUCCACCGCGUGGAAUGGAGGAGGUGGGGUGGCCACGGUCGUUGGCGAUGAACUCGAAGGGGGGGGGUCACAGAGGAGGCGAGGGGGAGAGCUCCUUAGGGAUGGAGCGGCCGGCGACGAGGAGCAGGGCGGCGGAGUGGAGGAAGCGGCAAACGGCGCAUGAGGAGUCCUCCAGCGCCGCGCGCCAUCUUGUCGUCCUCCUCCAGCUCGGUCAACGCCUCCCCGCGCUCGCCGCCGGCGUCGGUGUCGGCUUGGCGGUGGCGGCAGCACAAGAACGGCCGGCAUAUGGUGGUGCCGAUGACCGUGCAUUGCGCCGCCUGUGGAAGGGCCGCUGGGUCUCCAUCGCCACCAGGGGGAGGGACGCCGCCGCCCUCCACCGCUUCAUCGCCGCCACCCUCCUCCGCUCGCUUCUCCCCCACCCGGAUGUUGCGCCGCCUUCGUCCGCCAUGCCGAAUGCCGUUUCGCCGCAGACCGGGGGGACAAGCGCCCGUCUUGGAGAACCUCGUCGUCAGAGCCUGGUGCUUGCGCCCGUUGCCGACCAGCAUGCCGGCCACUGGCCUCGAUGACCAGGAGGACGAGCACCCGCCGCCCGGCCGCUCCCCGCGCCGUCGCCUGCCCGCUCCGCCGGCCGGACGGCCGCUCCCCACGCCGUUGCCGAUCUGCUUGGAAGGGAGGGGAUAGAAAGAAGUGUGGGAAAAUAGACUAAUGUUUCAAUGACAUGUGGGUCCCACAUGGGUCUCACGCUGACUCAGCCACCACUUCGGACAAAACCAGGGUUAAAACCGCCGAGUGAUCUAGUCUACAAUGGUUUUGUAAGUUGAUGGAUGCCUUGUGUGCGGUUUUGCGGUUGGGGGACGAUUUUGUAAUUAGAUGACAAGUUGAGGGACCUUGGGUGUACUUUCUCCUAUGUGGAGCUAGGCUGUGCUGGGCCGAAAAUCCUUUGUUUGGGCUUUAUUAGGCUUCGGACACGAUGAACGAUCAACGUAGGUGGUCUGGUCUGGUCUAGCCGUGUGCCUUUUAACAGGGGAUAACGUCCAAUUGUAGGUCCUUUGUCUAGGAGUCGAGUUUUGAAUCGUAUCCCUCAAUUGUAAAACCAGCUAUAAUGCGUAGCCCAACUAGCAAAACCUAUACAAAUCAAGUCUCUUGAUCUUUUUA